AUUGCAUUGCUAUAUUGAAUUACAUCGUAGAUUUUGGAUUCAGCCCUAUAAAUGGGAGAGAUUAUAGAGUUAAUUAUUGCAUUGUGUAAACAAAAAAAGAAGGAAAAGAAAAAAGCAAAUGAGAUAAAAGAGGUGAGAGUUUGCUCGAAACAGCAUCCUGCAAAGCAUGCAAGCUUUCCAGUUCUAUUAAGUAUAAGCAGCAUGUCGAUGGACAGUUUUGUGGCCAUGCAGAAAGCUACCUCUGUAAUAUCUUGCACUAGGCUAGCUUCUCUUCAUGGCACUCCAGAUUUGGCAGGAAUUGGCAUUGGCUUUCUCAGAACAUUGUUGAGCUCCUGUUCCCUAGUUCUUCUCUUGGCGUUGGCCUUAAUUUACUUGACGAAAUUCCAAAAGCUAGAAAGCCAAAACGCCAAGCAACUCCCACUACCUCCUGGCCCAAAACCUUGGCCUCUUGUCGGAUGCCUGCCAACGAUGCUAGCAAAUAAGCCGACCUUUCGAUGGAUACACAAGCUCAUGAAAGAAAUGAACACUGAAAUUGCUUGUAUCCGUCUUGGAAACGUUCAUGUGAUUCCUGUCACUUCUCCUGAGAUUAGCCGCGAAUUCUUGGAAGUACAGGAUGCUCUUUUUGCAAGCAGACCGUUAACCAUGUCCACCGAUCUCACUACAAGAGGUUAUUUGGCAACAGGUGCUGUGCCCUUGGGAGAACAAUGGAAGAAAAUGAGGAGAGUGCUGGUAACGCAAUUUCUUUCUGUGGAAAAAUGCAAGUGGUUUUACGGAAAAAGACUUGAAGCAGCUGAUCACCUUGUACGUUAUGUAUAUAACCAAUGCAAGACUGUUGAGGAAGGUGGAUCAGUUAACGUGAGAGUCACUGGACGGCACUAUUGUGGAAAUGUAACAAGGAAAAUGGUGUUUAACAAAAGGUUCUUCGGGGAGGGAAUGAAGGACGGAGGACCUGGUAUCGAGGAAAAAGAGCAUGUUGAUGCGAUUUUCACAGUCCUUGCUCAUAGCUAUGCGUUUUGUGUUUCUGAUUACAUGCCAUGCUUGACAGGGCUUGACUUGGAUGGCCAUGGGAAGGUCAUGAAGGAUGCUCUUGGGACCAUAAAUAAAUAUCAAGAUCCCAUAAUUGAAGAGAGGGUCCAACAAUGGAAGGAUGGCACCAAAAAGGAAGUGGAUGACUUGCUUGACGUUUUCAUAAAUCUAGAAGAUGCCAGUGGCAACUCUUUGCUGUCAACAGAAGAGAUUAAAGCUCAAAUUACUGAAAUAAUGAUGGCAGUAGUAGAUAAUCCAUCAAAUGCUAUAGAAUGGGCACUUGCAGAGAUGAUAAACAAACCGAAACUUCUUGAGAAAGCAGUAGAAGAAUUGGAUAGAGUUGUUGGAAGGGAGAGACUAGUCCAAGAGUCAGAUUUUCCACAGCUCAAUUACAUAAAAGCAUGUGCUAAAGAAGCGUUUCGCCUCCACCCUAUUGUCUUCUUCAAUCUUCCUCAUGUCUCCAUAGCAGAUACAACUGUUGCUAACUAUUUUAUUCCGAAAGGUAGCCAUGUCUUGCUUAGCCGAGUCGGCCUCGGCCGGAAUCCCCGGAUUUGGGAUGAACCACACAUGUUCAAACCAGAGCGUCAUUUCAAGAGAAAUGGAUGUCAAGUGAUGCUGACGGAGCCUGAUUUGAACUUGCUUUCAUUUAGUACAGGACGAAGAGGUUGUCCAGGCAUCAUAUUGGGAACUGCAGUGACUGUUAUGUUAUUUGCUAGGCUUCUUCAAGGGUUUAGCUGGAGCGUGCCCCCUAAUGAGACAAGCAUUGAUCUUUCAGAGUCUAAGAAUAGUUUGGCACUUGCCAAACCAUUAGUUGCACUCGCAAAGCCACGUUUGCCUGCAAAUUUGUACCCGGCAUAAUCACAUGCAUGCUUCCAAAUUAAACAUGUUAGACUAAUUUAUAAGUGUUGAAAAUAUGCAGACAACUUGGCAAAGGCAACUGUUACAAGAGAGUGACUUUAUCGCGUGCGUUAUAUGUUUUAUAUUAUUUUUGUUCUUGUACCGUUUCAUUUUCCAUUUUUUGUUGAUAUAGUUGGUCAGUUUUUGUACUGGGUACCUUACCCAAAUUCUGCUUUAAUAAAGUCUUGGUUUGUGAAGAAA